GAGGAUACAGUAUGUCAGGCCAAAGAUGGGGUACAUAAGGCUCACGGAGCUAUGACCCCCGCGUUCAACGUUCCGAGCUCCGCAGCCCUGCCGCGUGCUAUCUCGUGGCAGCUCCGCAACUGAUCAAUGAACCCUCCACCAUGCCCUCCAGAGAGCCAUAGCGCGCACUGCCUCUUAACAGUCAACCAUGCAUGCUCAUACGUUCGACUUACUCGAUCAGCAGCUCAGCCACCAAGCUGCAUCUCCUACUUGCAUAGCACAUAACGAACCCCUACGAGCCCCAACAUGACGACCAUACCGCUGCUCCCGGAGCAGCUCGUGUGUCUGAUCAUACGAUUCUCUGCUUCGAUACCAGACCUUUCACUAUCCAUACCUCUACCGAGGCUGACGCCAACACUCUCCUUAAAGCAGCUCAUUCGAUCGCACCUGCCGCCUGAUCAGGCCUCUGCACGUCUACGCCUCAUCUACGCCGGCAAGGUCCUCACAGACACUGCGCCAUUGUCGACAUCACUCAGACUACCACCUCCACUGCCGCGGGCUGAUACAUACAAGGAAGAUGGGCCAGGUAGCAAGAGCAAGGGGAAGCAACCAGUACGGGACGCGCCAGCUGUGGAAUACGGCGCGACAGCACCACCAGAAGCGAAGAAGUACUAUAUACACUGCUCGCUAGGUGAUGCGCUCACUCCUGCUGAGCUGGAAAGCGAGGCUACUUUGGCGCAGAACACCGAGACAUCCCUCAAGUCACAGUACGAAACAUCACAAGGUUUGGCCAGCCAUCGCCGAUCCAGCAGCGGCGCACAGAGUAGCAGUAACAAUGCCACCCAACGACGAGGCUCCUCCACCACGACCCCGGCACCACAAGGCUUCGACCGCCUUCUCACGUCCGGCUUCACAGCGCAAGAAGUAGCAAGCCUACGCUCGCACUUCCAGACCAACCUCUCCUUCACACAUACUCCUGACACCAUGCCCUCGCCCGCAGAGAUGCGCGUCCUCGAAGAUCGAUGGCUGGAUAGCACAGCCACAGACCCAUCACCAGCCUUGACUGGGGAAGCGGAUGCGGGAUGGGGCGCAGGGUUUGCCGUGGAGGAGGGUGGUCUGGAUGAUAUGCUGUGGGGGUACAUGACGGGUUUUUUCUGGCCGCUGGGCGCGCUGAUAUGGGGUUUCAGGGAAGAUGGAGUGUGGUCGAGAAGGAGACAGUUGGCCGUUGUUAUGGGAGUGUUGAUCAAUGCGAUCUUUGGUUUCAUGAGAUGGAGUGCUUAGGAGUACUCGAGGCUUUUGACCACUUCAUAGCUGAGCAGAAGUGAUUAAUCAGCACACGCUGUACGCCGCUGGCAAUUGGCGACGAUAGAGAUACUGAGGUUAGGUGUAGUUGAUACAUUCAUCGAAGACUACAAAUUGAAGCUACAACAACAAUCCGGGGAAGCCCCUAGUACCGGAAAGAACCUCACAAUACAAUGGCAAGGGCAU